CGGCCUUUUGUAUUCGUUCGUUGCAGACGUGCAGCUCCGCGUAAAUAUUUGUGUGUGUACAUUUUUUUUCGAAUUAUUUUUGCCUGACGCGCUUGAUAUUCAAUUGUGGUUCGUUCAACUGACGCCAAGAGAAAAGUAAAGCGGAAAAAAAAAAGAAUUUUAACGUGUUUAUAUAUUAAUGAUAAACAAAAUAUAAAAACGGCAUUGAGCAGCCACAGCCACAGCACCGAGCAGAAAAGUGAAAAGCAACAUUUUCUGCUACGUCUGAGAACCGAAACGAAACACACAACUACAACAACAAGAAGAAGAAGAAGAAGAAAAACAAGACAAUUGUAAGACGAAGACGAAAGCGAAUAGCUGAAGAGAAGUAGAGAAAAGAUCAUGCGUGCUUGACGACGACGCUGGCAACGCCACCACAUGCAUCAGACGAGGGGGGAGAGGGUGACAACAACUAGUGCCAAACACAAUGCAAGGCAGACAACGAGAAACGAGCUACAACAACAACAACAACAGCAGCAGCAGCAACAGCAAGCACAGUAUUUGUAUUUCCACAUAAUUGACAACGAGCGCCUGCAAACGUGCGCACAAGAAGCCACACAAGAGAGCCAGAAAAUUAGACGAAGAAAAUAAGACAACGGCAACAACAACAACAACAACGCGACGGCAGAAAAAACCGCUCAGCAUUGGCAUCUCGAAUAUGUGUCUGCAUGCAUGUAUUUGUUGUAUGUACAAAUCUUUGGCGUGUCUUGAAAGCUUUUCUGCAUUCAACAAAGCGGCAACAGGCGUCCGUCUAUAAGCAAAGCUGUCUGCAGCGCAGCCGCAAAGCUUGAUUGAAGUUCGUCUUAAUAGCUGGAGCGGAAACAGUGUUGUGUGCGGCAGCAGCAAAUGCAUUUGUUUUGAGUGUCCACAAAAAAAAAUAAAAAACAGUGCUGCGUGCAGCGCACAGGAAGCAAUAAGGAGGCUCAAACGAAAACAGUGUUGUGUGCAGCAGCAGCAGCAGUAGCAGUGUUGUGUGCAGCUGCAAAUGCUACAAACUUCAGCGUAAAUACCAAUAUAUAUAAAAUAUACGUAGAAUAAGUCGUAUACAGUGUUUUGUGUGGCAAUUUGUGUGAGUUUAUUUAAAAAGCACUUAACUAAGCGAAGUCUUGCGAAACAAAUUAACACCCACACACACACACUAAGAUGAAUAACUAUUGGCUGCUGUUGCUGCUGAUCUGCGCAGCAAACGGUCAACAAGAAGAAGAGCUAGUCACAGGCGUUGCAGCAACACCAACGGCAACAACAACAACAACAGCGCCAGCAAGCGCCUCGGGGCGAACGCCGCCGCCGCGCGUUCUCCUGAACAAGUGUUGCCACCAGGGCGAAUAUUUGAAUGGAACGACGCUGGAGUGCAUAGCGGGCUCCUCGGAGAUGUGGGUGCCGCUGGUGUAUCUGAAGCAGCAGCAGCGCUUCUUUGAGCCAAAGGGCGCCAAGCCGCGCUUCAUCAAGUUCCAGCCAAAUGUGCGGCCCAACUGCCAGGCGCAGCGCCAGCAACAGGAGCUCUUCAGCAGCCGCCAAGCGAACGUGGUGCUCUUUCCCAAUGGCACCAUGUCGGUGCGGGAGCGUGGCCUGCUCGUCGAGCCAGCCAGCUACUGUGUGGAUCAGGAUGUGGCCCUCGUCUGCCUGGACAGCGAACCAGCGCCGGCCGCCAUGGACAGAGAACGUGCGCCCGGCUCGGCUCCGGCCGGCGAUACACUGCAACCAGCCGCAACGACAUUGGCGCCGCUGCGCCUGCGCAAAUGCUGCGGCAAGUGGGGCAGCUACGACAGCGCCACCAAGGGCUGCACACUGCAAACGGCCGCCGAGCGUGCGGACAGCGGGCAACUGCAGCUGCAUCUGGCGCCACAGCUGCUGCCGGGCAGCUACCAGACCAGCUACGGCCUGCCCGAGUGCCUGGGCAAUGGCAGCGGCUAUGCCAUUGCCGGCGACUGGCACGAGGCGACGCUCAAUCGCAGCACGGGCGAUCUCCGGCUGACCCAUACGAAUCUGAGUGCCGUGCAGUAUUGCCUGGAGCAUACGGAGCGGGCGGGCGAGGUGAAAAUAAUUGCCUGCACCCAGCACUUUGCCGGGGGGCAUCACAAUGUGCCGUACGGCGGUGUCGAGGGCAGCCUCCAGAAGGCUGUCCUGGACGUGGGCAUUCUUAUAUCGAUUGUAUUUUUGGCUGCCACGCUGGUCGCUGGUUAUAUGCUGCCCGCGGUGCAUCAUGCGCUGCACUGGCGUUGCCAGAUCUAUUAUGUAUUCUGCCUGCUGCUGGGCAAGAUUCUGCUGGCCAUCGAGGAGCUGAGCACGGCCCUGGUGCCCGGCACAGUCAGCUGCCUACUGCUGGCGAUCGGUAUGCAGUUCUUCUUUCUGUCGGCCUUCUUUUGGCUGAACACGAUGUGCUUCAACAUUUGGUGGACAUUCCGCGACUUUCGUCCCAGCUCGCUGGAACGCAAUCAGGAGUCACUGCGUCUCCGGCUCUAUUCGGCAUACGCCUGGGGCCUGCCGCUUCUCAUCUGCGCCAUUGCCGCCUGCGUGGACCAGCUGCCGGAAACGGAGACCGCGCUGCUGCGUCCAGGCUUUGGCCAGCUGUACUGCUGGUUCGACAAUCGCUCCUUGGCCAUAUUUGCCUAUUUCUACGGGCCCAUCGGACUGCUGCUGUGCGCCAACAUAGUGCUCUUUAUAUCGACAACGCAUCAGCUGACUUGCGGCCUGUGGAAGCGCGACGAUGUCAAGUCAACAACGGAGAAAUCGGCGCUGGGCCGCGUCUGCCUGAAGCUGGUCGUCGUCAUGGGCGUCACCUGGAUCUGGGACAUAAUCUCGUGGCUGGUCGGCGGCCCACAUGAUGUCUGGCUGCUGACGGAUCUGAUCAAUGCACUUCAGGGCGUCUUCAUAUUCAUUGUUGUCGGCUGCCAGCCGCAGGUGUGGACCGCCUGCAAGCGCAUCUGCUGUCCGCGUCUACGGCACGAUAUCACCAAUACGACCAACGGUGUCCAGCACUCGAGCAGCUCCCAGGGCCUGCCCUCCCUUGCCAAUGGCACCGAGUUCACCCAAAACACCUCCAUGAACAACACAACGACAACAACAACAGCAACAGCCGCUGUCAUGUCGCCAGCCAGCCCCGUUGCAGAGGAUGCCCCACAACCUGCAGCCAGUCCGAGCGGCCAGGUUGCCGCAAAGAUACCCAUGGAGACCAUUUGCUAAGACAACUGAGACGAGCGACAAUGCGAAAGUAAACCGAGUCCUACAACAACAACAACAACAAUGGCAAUGAAGGCAGCAACAAUAAUAACAGCAAGCGGCCAGACUUGCGCAAUAGCUGUUACAACAACAACAACAAUAAUAACAACAGCUACAACAACAACAACGAAGACGGCAAUAAGCACAACAUUCAAGCACGCGCAUUGACCGAACGGGCAACAACUGCCCAGGCCCAGGCCCAGCCCAGCCCAGCCCUGCCCGGCCCAGCUGGCCAAGCUUUUUCUUAAAACUCCUUUACGGCUAUAACGUCUAUCGACUGUUGAAUCCGAUUGCAACGCGUGGAUUCGGUUUGUUCGUGUGAUGCGUGGAAACUGUGGAGACUGUGUAAAUGCUUUGGAUUCUCUUCUAGCGAAAGGCUGAGGCUGAUGCUGUAACUGUAAACACUGCGAUAUUUUAUUGUUUAGUCUGCUCGUGUGUAUGUGUGUGUGUGUGUGUGUGUGUGUGAGUGUGUGAGAGUGUGUGUGCUUCUUUUUAGGGGCGAUCAAAAAGCGCUCGUUUAAUUAAACAAACAUUGAAAACGGUUAAUAGUUCGCUUUGAUAUGCACACACACACACACUGAAACACAAGAAUAACAAACAGGCACGCUCACACACAGACACACAUAUUAUCAAAAGUUCAACGUAAUGAAAACUGAUCAAGGUUAAAUGGCUCAAAGCAACAACAAAUAUAAAUAGAAGCAAUAACCGAAAGCAUAGACACAAAACAGACAGAGAAGAUGCCAAAAAAGAAGAAAGCGCGUUUAAUUAACCGGACGUACACACAUACACACACACACACACACACACACACACACACACGCAAACGCAAUGUACAGUUAGUUAGUUAGUAAAACGAUGCUGCCAGACCUGGUCGCCAAUUGGCAAGCUGCUUAACUCAACGAAAGCACACACACACAUGCACUUGUAUGCAGCGUUGCCACACUGGCGUGCUGAUCUGAGCAGCUCUUAGCGACUUGCGAAUGCACUUCCCUCCCACACAACACAAUGUAUUUUCAUUACAAUUUACAAAAACGCAGAAACUAAAAACAAGUACAAUUAUCUGUUUGAUUUUUUUUUUUUUUAAUAUAUUAAUUUAUUUAUUUUAAUUUUUUUUUUAUAUAAUUAUAGUGCGUUUAACGCAUGCCGUAAACAAAAAGAAGAGAAAAAAAUGCGUUUCGAAAACCAACAAAAAAAAGAAAUCAUGGCAAAAUUGUCUGAGAAAAUGAAUGUUUAAUAAAACAUCAAUUAUAGAUGUUUAAGCACAUUGUAUUAUGAUAGCUCUUAUGUAAGUAUAGUACUUCCAAAGUGUUCAGGCCAAAAGUAAUUUUCCCCUCUAAUCAAAUCCCGUUUGUUAUGUAGCAUAUGUCCUAAAUUUGCAUAUAAUGAAAGCAAAUUGUUUAACUAGAUUUAAGUGUAAAUGUAAUUUAUUAUUACUAUUUUAUUUCUUGUUUUGUAUAAUUUUUAAAGCAACUACAACGAAUAUGAAAUUUCAACUGACUGAGGCAAAGGCAGCGAAUACAUUUUACAUACAUAUAUGUUUUAUUUUUUUUUGUAAUAUUUUUUAUAGAGUAUUUAAUUAUAAGUAGCAGGCAUACUAUUUUUGAUAAUACUACAUACAAGAACAGUCAACGUAUAAUUGUAUAUAACUAUAUUAUAUAUAUAUAUAAAUAUUGUAAUUGAACAAUUGAAAUUGAUAUAUGACAUUUCAUAGCUAUAGACUUUUACCACAGCUCUAAUAUACACUUGAAUCGAACAAACAUAUAUGAUAUAUAUCAUAUGGAUCUAACUGAUCAACGAAUAUUGCCCAAGUCUAAUAUUUAAGUGCAUUGUUUGUACAUAUAUAUAUAUAUAAUUUUUUUGACUCUUUAAGGGAACAUUUUACCCAAGUAUUCAUAAAACAAAACUCGAACAAUUGAAA